GUGUUUCAUCGAUGAGUCGCACGAGAUCUUGCAACGUGCGAUGAUCGUUGUCAAGUGGUCAUUUUUUAUUUAAUUCAUAUCAUAUUUAUUAUUAAAUAAUUUAAUUCAUCUUAGUGCUUAUUAUGGUGUAACAUGGAUACUAAUCUUCACAUAGUAAUACAAUUAUUUUAAUAAAAAACUAAAGUAUAAAUCGUACAAGAUAAUAAUGCACUUGCCGCGAUCAAGAAUGACAACAUGGCCGAUAAAUUCUCAUCUGCAUCAGUAUUUUAUUUCGACAUUUGCGUGUUUAAUGUUGUUAUCACAAUCAAUAGGAGUUUUGUGUUAUUGAAAUGAUAAACAAAAUAAUGUUUUUAUUUAUUUAAAAAAUAAUGUCUUGAGAAUUUUUCGAUUAAAACAGUUAAUAAAAGUAUCAGACAUCAUGUCAACGCGAUCGCAACUUACCAAGGAUUUAAAUGAAUCAGUCAAAGCAUUACUGGGGAAACAUGUGAAAAUUUUGCUGAAAAAUGUGGUUAAACUCGAGACGAAACCAGAUAAACAAGAAAAUCGUGUUUUAGUUUUCUCUCCUUGUCGUUUAUUCUUAUUGACAGCCAAAGUACCAACUAGGAUUGACUGUCAUUUUCAUUACUUAGAAAUCACAGCUAUUGAAUCAAGACGAGCCAAUCAAUUAUGUCUAACAGCAGGAGAACGAACGUACAAUUUUACAACAACUGGUUUGGGCGGUACAGACACAACAGAAGUGGAUGCAAUGAUAGAGGCAUUACAUACAGCAAUUCGAAAUAUUUUUCCUACAGUACCAUUGAAUUACGUAAUUCGAAAAAUCGAUGUGAUACCGGCUAGUAGAUUACAAAGUAUUAGAGGCAGUGAAUUGGCAAGAAGCACUGAAGCAACAAGAACAACCGGACCUUGCGGGGGUUUUUCAACACAAUAUGCUUGUAUGUGCGAUUUACACUGUGUACAAUAUCGGGAAGAAGUUGCAUGGGAUGUAGAUACUAUUUAUUUGUCACACGACACAAGAGAACUUAAUUUAAGAGAUUUUGAUCAUUUAGACCAAAAGGAUUUAGUACCUAUUAUAUCUGCUUUGGAAUACAAUACAUGGUUUACGAAAUUACGUGCAUCACAUUUGAAGUUGAGCCAUGAGUGCCUCGAACGAUUGCUUCAUGUUGUCCGUCGAUCUCUUUCACUUCAGGAAAUUUAUUUGGACAAUCUCGGAUUAAAAUGUGACUUUGCACACAAGUUAUCACUUGCAUUGAUAGCCAACACUAAUACAGUUUUACAUACUAUUGAUUUAUCGAAUAAUAUGAUAGAAGAUAAAGGUGCAACAAGUCUCUGUGCUAUCGUGGCUAAAUUAACACAAGGUAGUAGUCACCUUGCAGGUAGUGCUAUUGGAAUACCUAAAGGUAUGCAAAAAUUGAAUUUAUCACACUGUGGAUUGACUGGAAAAGGAAUUGCACAAUUAGCUCAUGCAUUAAGUUUAAAUAGAAGUAUGACAACUAGUUUACGAUACCUCAAUUUCUCCGAAAACACAUUGAAAGAUGACAUCAAUAACCUUUGUAAUUUUUUGGCUCAGCCAAACAGUUUAACUCAUUUAGACCUUGCUGGAACAGACAUAACACUGGAAUGUCUAUUUGGUGCUCUACUCCGCGGCUGUGCUACUAAUCUAGUCCACUUAAAUGUAGCACGCAAUUCUUUUACCAGUAAAAAGACCAAAGAAAUACCUCCUAGUUUUAAACAAUUUUUCACGGCAACACUCUCACUUAAAUACUUGAAUAUUUCUUAUUGUAAAUUGCCUUUGGAAGCUCUGAAACAUCUAUUAUUAGGUUUGGCUUGCAAUGAAAGUACUGUUGGCCUUGAAUUGGAUAUGAGUGGCAAUAAUCUUGGAUCAAUGGGAGCACACGUUCUUGAAUCUUGUAUUCAUGGUGUACGUUGUAUUGCUUCACUUGACAUCUCUGACAGUAAUAUGGAUAUUGAUUUGGCACAAGUUAUUACAGCAAUUGGCAAAAACAAAUCAAUUAAGCAUUUAUUUAUGGGACGAAACACAGCUGGAAUGAAAACUAAAAACAUUGCUAUUGUAAUGGAUUCACUUGUACAGAUGAUUCAAGAGGAUGACUGUGUUUUACAAUCAUUAUACAUACCUGACUCUAGACUCAAAGGUGAUCUUUAUAGCUUGAUAAACGCUCUUGGUAGUAAUACUUGUCUUCAUACACUUGAUAUAAGCGGCAAUCAAAUUGGAGAUGCUGGCGCUCGACUUUUAGCCAAAGCAUUACAAAUAAAUAAUCAUCUCAAAACAAUAAUUUAUGAUAAAAAUAAUAUUACACUUCAAGGAUAUUCAGAUAUUGUUCAUGCUUUAGAGAAAAAUUAUAGUGUAAGACAUAUGCCAUUUCCAAUCUAUGAUCUUCAACCUUGCAUGAAAAUUUCAGCUGAAAAGGCUGAACAGUUAGCGAAAAAAAUUCAAGAUAUGCUUCAGAGAAAUGUUACACCUUGUAAAUAUAGCCCAGGCCAAGCGUUCAGACUUCAACAAGGUUUUUUACUUAGUUCUACUCAACAAGUAGUCGACAGAUUAGUCGUACAAACUCAGGAUACUAUUAAAACAUUAGCAGCUGAAAGUUGUGAUGCAAAUAAUGACAUUAAUUAUGCAACUGGUUUAAUCCAAGACGCGGAUAAUUCGAAGCAGUUAUUGCCCAGACUACAUGAAGUAUUGCAGCGUCGAGAUGAAAAUAAUCCAAUUGAAGCUAGAUUGAAAGAGAUAGCUGAAGAUAUCCACAAAGUUGUGACGGAUUACUUAGAAGAUUCCUUAGAAGCUAUUUUGAAGUGUGCAAAUGAUCAUUGUCCCACUGUUAUGUCGCAAACUGUUAUUCGUAAUGACGAAUCUGAACCUGUAUCAGUCGAAGAUGAUCUGCGUAAUGUGUGUAAAGGCAAAAAUCAAAUCAGUGGUGAAUUCAUCAACACUGCAGUUGUUGAACAAGCUGGUACUGACAUUGUUAACAGAGUGAAUGAGCUUAACCUCGCUGUUGCUGCUCAUAUUUCGGAUAGAAUUACAGAUGAAGUCAUUGAAUCUCUUUCACGUAGUUAUAAGACUUUGAUUGGUGAUACUCAUGAUAGAACACGUAGCAGUACGCCUGAUGUAUUACGACCAAGUAUUAGUUCAACGAGUAGCGGCAGUGUAAUUGGUAUUGGAGGUAGUAUCAAUAUUGGUGUUGGAAUUGGACCGAGUAUUGAUAGUGGAGGAUAUAACGCUGUCUCUACUAUCUCCCCGGCAUCAAAUCACACCAAUAAAAUGAGUGACUCUCAUAGAAGUUCAGUUGUACAUGAAUAUGAAACUCCAGCUAAUCUUUUCAUUGGAAUUAAUUCUCCGAGACUUCCAGACCAUCCUGUGAAAUUGGAUUAUUUGAAUCUUGCAACCCCUCAUCUUUCUAACAAACGAAAAAGUUUACAUGGGCGUAAACUACGUCCUAAAUCUGUGGUUGACUCUGUAGAAGGACUAUCAGCUGAUGAUAUUCCUGAUUUAUUACCCAGUUUACCAAAAGACAAUACUGAAACUAUUUCUGAAAAUGAACAUUCAUUAACUGAGUCUUUAGAUUCAAUAUCUGAACUUCCUAAUAAUGCUGGUCAACAAUUACAACAUCUUGUAAAAUCUCGACCCCGAAGAACGAAAACUCGAGCACCUUCUAGACCAAUGCUUCGUACUGAUAUCCCACGAGGAUCUCUUACUCUUGGGGAAGGUCUUGAUGUAUUUUUCAGACCUAACACUCCUACUACACCUCUCAUUUCACCGACGAGUGACGAUAGUUCUUUACAUACAUUUUCUACUAAUGGCAGCCCAAAUUUGUCUUUGACUAGUCAGAGAAGCAUUCCACAAGAUACAGACAAAAAACCUCAUGGCUGUAAUUCACCAAUUCUUAAAAAUCUUCUCGAGCCAACUCCUCGUUCAAGAUCUAGUGAAAAUUUCGAGAAAUUUUCUCCACUCGCCGGCCGUAGAUCACAGGGAGAUACACCAUUAACUGCAUCACCACUUGCUCGUCGAAGUGUCGUGGAUAGUUCUCAACAACAAGACAGUGAUGUUCGAAAACGAGGAGGUAUUUCCUCUUCGGGCAGUCCUGUGUCUACACCAUUGAAUCGUGUAUCACGAGAUUCAUCGGGUAGCGAAGUUUCAGAAAUAUCACAAAAUAUAUUCAUCACAGGUGGAGAAAAUCAGAAGUCAUUAACCAAAAGCCAAAAUAGUUCAUUAAGCAAUUCAGCAGACAACGAAAAACCGUCAGGUGGUCAAGUAGCGAGUAAAGUCCGGUCAAUUUCAUGCAGUCAUGAAUCUAGGAGUUCAUUAAUCGCAACACCAUCAGAAAGUUGUCCGUCCAAUGACGCUAAUAAACAGCCAUCAAGUCUUGCCUGCUUCAAAUCUUGUAAUAAGGCGAAUUUUAAUCUUAGUAGUGAUCAACCUAGAAGUAGUUCAAGUAUUACUGCCGGUAGAAAUACUAAACCUAUACCUCCUGUAACGGCUCCUAAACCAAGGCCAUGGAGUAUGAGUGCUGAUCGAAAAUCAGGUGAAUUUAAUAAUUUAUUGAGUGAUGGAUCAAGUCCUAACACCUCAGCCGGAAAUACUCCAGAUUCAGGGGAUGCAUUAGAUGAAUCAACUGAUAGUGGAGUCAGUGGACCAGCCUCUUUACCUCCAACUCUUUCAGCGAGUAGUACAGCAAGUUCACUUAGCAACAGUACGGUAGAAAAACGAUCAGUCAAAGAACUCGCAGCUAGUUUGAACAAAGGGAAAACAGACCGCAAAGAAAAUGAAGAAAUCAUACCUGCAUGGAGAUCAGUACUUCAUCGUUCUGUAGAUCGUACUAAGACUAAGGGGCUGCCAGCACCGAUAAAGGAUGAGGAUGGCCGUAUAAAUUUUAAACUACGAAGGACAUCAUUUUUGCGAGAUUCGAAUUUCAAUUACGAUAACGAUGUUGUUGAUGUUUGAUACAAUUAUUAAAUUAAUAUUUAAUGAUAGUAUAACUUACAUUCCAUUUUGUAUUUGUGCCAUGCGCGUUUUAAAAAAACAAAAAGAACGACUAAGAAAUCAUUUAGGGCCUAGAAAUUAUUUUAAAUUCAUCUUAAUUUAUUAAUCAACGUAUUAUCAAGGCUUAUUUUUAUCAAAAGCCUAGUCAAUCAUGCCACUCUUUUUGAGAUCUAUUUAUAAAAUUGAAUAAUAUUAUAUACAAAAAAAUUAUUGAUAAUUUUUUGCUCAUUAUCGAAAUGGUAUUAAUUGAUGAAUAAUGUCAUGAAAUAUUUAAUAUUGUCAUAGAUCAUGUGGAUUCAUAUUGAUACAAGAAUCUCUAAACAUUAUUACAAAAAAUAGUAUAAAAAUCGUUUGCGUACAAUAAAACAAUUUUACUGAUAUGUAAAAUAGAUACUUGAAGUAUUGCUAAUCACACUUUCGUUACUAGUAUUUAUUAUAUGUACAUAUUAAAAAAUUUUAAAUAUCUGUAAUUAAAUUAUAUACCCGUACACUUAUUGUACGAUUGAGUCAAUUGUCUAAUAAAUGACUCUGCAUAAAUCAUAAAUAUAUGAAUUUCGUUCAAAUUUUUAUUAUAAUGAGACUUACAUUUUUAUGUAUCAAACAUGAGCAAAGUUAAAAUGGGAUCAUUGUUGUGCCAAAAGUUGUCGUACAACCCCAAUUCUACAUACCAAAAUCAUUACUCCGAAAGACUUAAGGACAUUAUAUUAUAGAUAAGUCCAACCAAAUGUUAAUAUUAUUGCUCAUAAAUACAUAAACUUAUAAACUCUUGCAGGCUUCCUGAAUUUAUUGUGUUGAAGAUAUUUAAUAUUUUUCUCGCAACUGAAACAAUUUUUUUUUAGAGAAAAUCAUUUUCUUGUAAAUAAUAUUAUUUAAUGCAAUUUUACUGAGAUUUUUUGUAUUAAAUUUUAUUGAUAAGCACUUACAUUUUGUAAUAACGUUUAUUGCUAAUCAUUGUUUAAUGGCAAUUAUUACACAAUAAUAUUAAUAUACAAAAAAUUCUAUAACCAAUAAAUAUUAUACAAUAUAUUA